GCGGGCUGGCAGUGGGGACAGAUGGAGCUGAGGACGGCUGCGCCCUGCCCCACGCUGCUGGUGUGAGAGUCCUGGGGCUCUGGGGUCCCAUCCCCCGAAGAACCUGCACCACCAAGUCGCAGGAGUACGGUGCUUCCAGAGCCCGAGGAGAACCGGAGGCGCCGAGCCUGAGUGGUGGACACCUACUUGAUCAAAAAGCUUUUCUUCAAUGAAAGGACCUUGUCUGUGUUUCCCUAUUAUGUAUCUUUGGACAUAGCUUUGUAUGGAAGAGAGGAGCCCUUGAGAAAGUUGUCAGCACCAUUCCUGGUGGCUCUGGAUCCUCUCAUCAGGAAGAAUCUUGCAGAGAAAGCAUCACCUGAUUGAUGUGAAAAAUUAUAAAAGGAGAAGGGGUCACUGUGCAGUAACAUGUCCCCAAGUCAACUGUAUGGGGCUGGAGGUAACACCCAGGUCUGCAGCCACCUGAUUCACUCAAGGGAGAACAAAGAUCAAUGUCAUCGAGACCUGAAAAGGAGACAUUUUUUAAAAAUGUUCUCAUGUCAUGUCUAACUAUCAAGUCACCAAAAUGAACGUGAAGCCAAUGCUAUGGGAGGACGUAAAAAAACAGCAUAGAGGAUGACAGGAUUUUGAUUGAUAUGUUCAAGGAGAUGGUCAUAAUAAUAGGUUGUUUGGAAGAUGUGAAAAGAAUUGUAACCCAACUAAAGACACCAACCGAAACAUUGUGACAGAGAAUGUGGCUGGUUCUUCUGGAAGGUUUUCUACUCUUCACAUCAGUGCUUUGAAAGAGUCUAUACCCACGGAGUUCUGAGUGUGGGAGACCAUUGAUAAUGCUUUCGCCAGACAUACCAGACUGAUAAAGGAGAGUACAAGCGAAGAACGGCAUUCCUGAGCAGUGAAGGGGAUUGCUCAAGAAACCCAUCCCAAGUCCUUCUGGAGUUUUCUGUUUGUUAUACAAAUCAAGAGACCAUGCCAGCUGGAAAGAUCGUCCUUCAAACAGAAAUGUUAUAGCCUCAGCCCAAACCAAAGGACUUUUCAACUUGGUGUUGGUAUCUUCGGCACUCUCACCAACCCUAAGUCCACAAUGUAUGAAAUGAAAAUUGGUGCGAUUACUUUCCAGGUUGCUCUCGGAGAUAUUGCAAAAGAAAGUGCAGAUGUUAUUGUAAACUCAACAAGAAGGCCGUUUAAUCUGAAAUUAGGGGUAUCAAAAGCGAUUUUAGAAGGUGCUGGACAAGCUGUGGAAGAUGAAUGUGCUGUACUAGCGAAACAGUUUCACAGAGAUUUUAUAGUUACACAAGGAGGAUACUUAAUGUGCAAGAUAAUAAUUCAUGUUCUUGGGGACAAUGAUGUCAGGAAGACGGUUUCCAGUGUUCUAGAAGAGUGUGAACAGAGGAAGCACACAUCUGUUUGCCUUCCCGCCAUUGGAACAGGAAAUGCUGGGAAAAACCCAACUAAAGUUGCUGAUGACAUAAUCAAUGCUAUUGUAGACUUCACACAGAAAUAUUCUACGCCAUCAUUAAACAAAGUGAAAGUUGUCAUCUUUCUAACUGAGCUGCUAAAUGUUUUCUAUGAUAAUAUGAAGAAAAGAGAAAUAACCAUAUCACCUACCUUUCAGUCCACAUCCCCCCAAAAUGCAUUUUCAGGACAUUCCAGACAACCUCCUAUAAUAUUUGGGGAAAGUACAAGAACUAAGGAUCACUAUCUCCCGUCAACUGAUUGUUCUUCUGAGAGACAAAAUUGUACCUGGGAAACAGGAAAAACAAAUAAACAGGACAAGGAGAGAAGAGAUAAUAUUCCUGAGUACUGGGCUGAUAUGAAUCAGCAGCUGUUUUGUGUGAUCCAGCUACAACCCGGACAGUCAGAAUAUGAAAGUGUGAAGCACAGAUUCUCUCAGACUUGUCUUUCCUACAGAAUAGAGAAGAUUGAGAGGAUACAGAAUGAAUUUCUCUGGCAGACCUACCAGAUAAAGAAAAAACACAUGGACAUGAAGAAUGGCCAUACAAAUAAUGAGAAAAUCCUCUUCCAUGGGACAGAUGCAGACUCAGUGCCACAUGUCAAUCAGCAUGGCUUUAAUCGUAGUUAUGCUGGGAAGAAUGCCGUAGCCCAUGGAAAAGGAACUUAUUUUGCUGUUGAUGCCAAGUAUUCUGCUGAUGAUACUUACUCCAGACCAGACAGCAAUGGGAGGAAGCAUAUUUAUGUUGUACGAGUACUUACCGGAGUCUACACACUUGGGCAUAAAGGAUUAAUUACUCCUCCAUCAAAGAACCCUUACAAUCCCACAGAUCUGUUUGACUCUGUCACAGAUAACAUACAACAUCCAAAGCUAUUUGUGGUAUUUUUUGAUAAUCAAGCUUACCCAGAAUAUCUCAUAACUUUCAGAUGUUAAA